AUGGUGAAAGAAGAUGCCGAGUUUCAGAAUAUCCUUGCGACGGCGGAGAAUGGGGUUAAUAUGUCGUUCGGGUCCUUUCAUCGGAUAAGGGGCCUCUUGCCGAUAUGGGUAAUUGCAAGGCGGAGAGUGCUUACAAGGGAGACUUAUAUCUUUACAUUACUCUUACUCCUGAAGGAAAGGUCUACACCGAUGGUGGCGGCCUCACAUUUCAUACCGACCCUUGUCAAAGUCAUAGCGGAGUGGUUGGGGCUAGAGCCGAGUUUCAUCGGCCCAGCUCGCUUUAGCGCAGAGGUCGCGCGUUGUGCCAGGAAGAAGAUACAAGACCCGGUUGGAAAGCAAUUUGCCACUGGGAUCUUCUGCCCAAAGAGGCUCAUCGAAGCUCAAAGCCAUCCAGCAAAACUUGUCAUCACGGAAAAUAAUCCGGAUAUCACGGCCCCCGUCUACGCCGCCUUAAGCUACUGCUGGGGAACCCCAAAGGAUGCGCAAGGCCAGUUGAAAACAACGAGGGAGGCCAUAUGUGAACGCACGCAUGUCAUCCACGACUAUCAAAUGACAGCGACUUGA